AUGAAAUGUCUCAUAUUAGCUUUGCUUCUCCAUUCAGGUACGUGUACUGAGACCACCAGCCUACACCCUGACCACAUAGAAGUCCGGGCUGGGUAUCGGGAGCAGUACAAGACACGGUUCUGUCUUGGAUUUGGGCCCUUUCUCUCCUGCUCCAUGUCAGAUUCCAACACAACUGAAUUCUCCAACCCCUCCACCUUCAUCCUACUGGGUAUCCCUGGUCUGGAAGCUGCCCAUGUCUGGAUCUCCAUCCCCUUCUGCAUCAUGUACAUCAUAGCCAUCUUGGGAAACUUCACCAUCCUCUUCAUCAUGAAGACAGAACCGAGCCUCCACAUGCCCAUGUACUAUUUCCUCUGCAUGCUGGCUGUCACCGACCUGGUCCUGCCCACGUCCAUCCUGCCCAAAAUGCUGAGCAUCUUCUGGUUCAAUUCCAGGGAGAUCAAUUUCAGUGCCUGCCUCACCCAGAUGUUCUUCAUUCACUGCUCUUCGGUGAUCGAGUCUGGGAUUUUCUUGGCCAUGGCGUUUGAUCGCUACGUGGCCAUUUGUGAUUCCCUGAGACAUUCCACCAUCCUGACCAAUCGUGUUGUGGCCUUAAUUGGCCUGGCCAUUGUGCUGCGUGGGAGUUUGCUUGUAAUGGUCCAUCCAAUCCUGGUGAGGAGUCGGCCAUAUUGCAGAACCAACAUCAUCCCCCACUUGUACUGCGAGCACAUGGCCGUGGUGAAACUGGCCUGCGCUGACAUCCGCGUCAGUAGCUACUACGGCCUCUUUGUGGUGUUCUGCGUGCUUGGUCUGGAUGUGUUUUUUAUCGCUCUGUCCUAUAUCCAGAUCCUCAGGGUCAUAUUCAGUCUCCCCACCAAGGAUGCCCGACUCAAGACUUUUGGGACCUGCAGCUCCCACCUCCUCGCCAUCUUAGCCUUUUACGUCCCGGCCAUCUUCUCCUCCCUCAUGUACCGCUUUGGCCAGCAUGUGGCCCUGCAUUUCCACAUUCUCAUUGCCAGUACGUACCGCCUGUUGCCCCAUAUGCUCAACCCCAUCAUCUACGGGGUGAGGACCAAGCAGAUCUGGGACCGGCUGCUCCAGCUCUUUCACUGUAAAAAGACCUAA